CUAGAUUAACGUGUUUUAUAUAAGUAUACUUUUAAAAUAAUUAUCUAUAAUUAUAUAUAUAUAUUUUUUUUUUAAAGUAGGGGAAAAUAAUUUAUUAGUCAACGAUGUCAUCGGAAAAAAUUGAAUCAGUAAAGAAACAAGUUGAAGAAACAACAAAAGAAAUACAUAACACUCUUCAUCUACUUGCUGAGAAAGAUAAAAAAUUAGAUGAAUUAAAAGCACAAUCGGACUCGUUAUUAGAAUCUUCUGCACGCUUUAAACCUGUAGCUGUAAAUCUUCAUAAAAAAUCACGAUGGAAAAAUAUUAAAAUGACUAUUAUUCUUACUGUUGUUAUAAUUCUCAUCUUGGCCGCUAUUAUUGUUCCAACCAUUCUUAAAUUUCAAGGAAAACUCUAGAAUAAAUUUAUUUAUUUAUUUUUUAUUUAUUAUUUCUUUAUUUCUUUAUUU